AUGUUCAGCCUAUCCCAGUUGCGAACGUCGUACCACUAUGAGCAGCUCGGUUCCAAGAAGACUUCGUGCUUGACGCUUUUGAUUCUGAUGGCCGUGGUGUUUGCACCGCUGGUCGGCAGUGCCCGCGCUGAAGAUCCAGAGUAUUCCGAGUCACCUCAGAUCCCUGAUGCGGUAGCUGCGGCAGAAGCAGAAAUGAAGCCGUACACCGAGAUCAUCUCGGGGACCGAUGUCACGUUUGACAUGGUACCGAUCCCUGCCGGAACCGUUUUACUCGGCAGCCCUGAAGAUGAAGAGGACCGCAAAGAAGACGAGGGCCCCCAGGUCGAAAUCGAGGUCGAGCCGUUUUGGAUGGGCAAGCACGAAGUAACGUGGGAUGCCUAUGAGAUCUGGAUGUUCAAGUUAGACAUUCAGCGCCGUGAAGUCCUGGAGUUGGCCCCGACCCAACUUGAUGCUUUUGCCGACGCGAUUACACGCUGCACCAAGCCGUAUACCGACAUGACCUUCGGCAUGGGCAAGCGAAAUUACCCGGCCAUCUGCAUGACUCAACUUGCGGCAAAGACUUAUUGCCGAUGGCUCAGUGCGAAGACGGGCCGCUUUUACCGACUGCCGACUGAGGCCGAAUGGGAGUACGCCUGCCGGGCGGGCACGACCACGGCUUAUUCGUUUGGCGAUGAUGUGGCUGACCUGGACGAUUACGCCUGGCAUUACGAGAACUGCGACGACACCUAUCAACCGGUGGGCAAGAAGAAGCCCAACCCUUGGGGCCUGUACGACAUGCAUGGCAACGUGAGCGAGUGGGUGCUCGAUCAGUACGAUGAAGAGGCUUACGCUAAGCUGCCGAAAGAUCAGCCGGCCUCGAAGUGCUACCUGGAGCCGACCACACUGUACUCGCGCGUCGUUCGUGGUGGCUCUUGGGACGACGACCCCGAUGCCCUACGGAGUGCAGCCCGACGGGGCUCAGAUAAGUCGUGGAAGGCACAAGACCCACAAAUCCCACAAAGCGUCUGGUAUCAUACCGACGCGUUGUUUGUUGGCUUUCGCGUGGUACGCCCACUCGAAGAGCCCAGUGAAGAAGAGAAGCUAGUUUACUGGGGCGCUCACGAAGUGCCUGAGCAGGAGCCCGAUAACGGAGAACAAUUCAUGAGCGACCAGAUUCAAGAAACUGGCAGCCUACUCACGUCGCGACGCCGAUUCGUCCAAGGCACGACGGCCUCGAUCGUGGGGGCCUCGGUGCUAAGCGGGCUGGCAAUUCCUCGAUCGGCGCAUGCAGCUGGCGACGACACGAUCCGCAUCGGGCUGGUUGGCUGUGGUGGUCGUGGAACGGGUGCCGCGAGCCAAGCCUUGCGAGCCGAUAAGAACGUGAAGCUGGUGGCCAUGGCCGACGCCUUCGAGAACAAUCUCGAAGACAAGCUGAAGCAACUCCAGAAAGAUGAGGAAAUCAAUUCGAAGAUCGACGUGCCGAAAGAUCGCCGGUUCGUUGGCUUCGAUGCCUAUCAGCAGUUGAUUGGUUCCGAUGUCGACUUGGUGAUUCUCGCCACUCCGCCAGGUUUCCGUCCGCUGCAUUUGGCCGCCGCCGUGGCUGCCGACAAGCACGUGUUCAUGGAGAAGCCGGUUGCGGUGGACGCCCCCGGUGUUCGCUCGGUGAUUGCCUCAACUGCCGAGGCUAAGAAGAAGGGCCUGGGAUUGGGUGUCGGCCUGCAACGUCACCACCAGUUCCCUUACAUCGAAACGAUCAAGCGUCUGCAAGACGGUGCGAUCGGCGAUAUUGUGGCCGCUCGGGUGUACUGGAACGGUGCCGGAGUUUGGACCCGUCCUCGCACCGAAGACCAGACCGAGAUGGAAUACCAGAUGCGGAACUGGUACUACUUCAACUGGCUGUGUGGCGACCACAUUGUCGAACAACACAUCCACAACCUGGACGUCAUCAACUGGCUCAAAGACGGCUAUCCGGUAAGUUGCCAGGGCAUGGGCGGUCGUCAAGUACGCACGGACGAGAACACCGGCGAGAUCUUCGACCACCACGCAGUGGAAUAUGAAUAUGCCGACGGCUCUCGGAUGUUCAGCUGCUGCCGCCACAUCCCCAAUUGCUGGAGCAGUGUCAGCGAGCACGUGCACGGUAGCAAGGGAACGGCCGAUAUCAGUGGUGCCAAGAUCGAAACCAAGGACAGCCCCCGUUGGCGUUACCGCGGCGAGAACCCGAACCCCUAUCAGCAAGAGCACGACGAGCUGUUCGCCAGCAUUCGUUCGGGCCAACCGCUGAACGAAGGGGAGUACGGGGCCUACAGCACCAUGACCGCGAUUAUGGGCCGCAUGGCCACAUACAGCGGUAAGCAGUUGACCUGGGAACAGGCACUCAAUUCCGAGAUCGACCUGUCGCCCAAUAAGUAUGCGUGGGAUGCGGCUCCGCCCGAACCGUCGGUGGCCGUCCCGGGUGUGACGAUUACCGUGUAA